UGAGUGCCGCAGGCGCAGUGGUUCGAGGGAGCGCGCGCGAUCGGCAGUGUAGCGCGUUGUUUCGUCCCGCUGCCGCAGAACCCGCUCCCGCGCCCGCUCCGCCUGUGCCUCCGCCUCCCCGCGCCAGCUCCGUCUGUGCCUCCGCCUAAAGCGGGCCGCCGCUGACGACGUAUAAAGCGGAGGCGCCGGCAAACUCGCACGCAGUCACGACCAAGCCACGCUCUUCUGUGCACUCACGAGCCACGCGAUACGGAUAAUUCGACAAGUUAAACAAUAAUCAGUUCAUCCUCUGUGAAACCGACGUACACAACACAUUUACUCAUCCGUGAUAAUGGCAGACGACUGGGGAUACACUGGUGAAAACGGGCCAGCUACUUGGACAGAGAAGUUCCCAGAGGCCCGGGGGGCGCGUCAGAGCCCUGUGGACAUUGACACGAGUCUGGCCAGCAGUGGCGGCAGCGCGCCGCCGCUGGACUGGAAGUACUCCGUCAACCACACCCGCUCCGUCGUCAACCCGGGCUACUGUUGGCGAGUUGACGAGAAUGGGUACGACUCAGAAUUACGUGGAGGUCCUUUAGGCUCUGACGUUUAUAAAUUGCAACAAUGGCACUGCCACUGGGGCGCCGUGAACGGAGAAGGCUCGGAGCACACCGUGGACGGGCGCUCCUUCUCCGGGGAGCUCCACCUGGUGCACUGGAACACCAGCAAGUAUCGCAGCUUUACGGAGGCCGCCGGACAAGAAGACGGACUUGCCGUCUUGGGGGUCUUUCUCAUGUGUGGAAAAAAACACAACGAAUUAGACAAAGUGAUCAAGCUCCUGCCGUUCAUCACCCACAAGGGAGACAAGGUGACCAUGUCUGAACCUCUGGACCCCGCCAACCUGCUCCCGCAGCGGCGAGCCUACUGGACCUACCCCGGCUCGCUCACCACGCCGCCCUGCACUGAGUCCGUCACAUGGAUCCUAUUCAAAGACCCCGCACAAGUUUCCGCAGAGCAGUUGGCGUUAAUGCGGAAGCUGAGGUGUGGCGAAGCGUCGUGUGGGGUCGAGGCCAUGGAGCUGCUGCACAACUACCGGCCGACGCUGCCGCUCGGCAACCGAGAAUUGCGCGACUAUGGCGGCAACUAACACAUCGCCACAGCCGACUGACUGACUCGCCAUGCCGUGGCUACACGUCGCGAUGCUCAGCACUCCGCUGCUAGUAGACAUACGGCGACACACUCGUGAUGUCGAUAUGCACAUCUCGAUUUGCGAGUUAUAGUUCUACACUUGCAAAGAUACUGUUGUCCGUGUGUCCUGCAUAUUUCUUAGUACUUACAAGCGCAUGAUUAAGAAUGAAGACUUGAGUAGUCAUAAACAUUCAGUGAGAUUAUCAAUAUACUACACAUCGUUAGCCAGAUAUGAUAAGCGGAUGAGCCGUCUGUUAUGAAUCAGGAUUAUAUAUUAACCAGAGAAUCGGUGUAACAUAAGUGCCUUGAGCGUUUGGCUUAAAGUGUUGAAAGAACAACUUUGUACCUAACUAAUUACUUGAAAAUUGAUACCAUUCAACUUACGAUACUUAUAUCAAUGGUUUUAAUUAUUUAUUAGGUAAAUAAGUCAUAAAUAAUAAAGUAUUUUAAUCCGGGUGUUCCUAGGAUAAAUUAGAUUUGAUAUUAAAUACCUAAUAACGUAAAAUUGUUAUUUAUAAAAAGUUUAUUCUAUAAAAUUUUAAACUUUAAUUUACCUUAAGAGAUAGUACCUAGAAAUCGACCUGAGUAUUAACGAAAUGUUCCUAGUAAUGUGCAUAGCACAGCCAUUGUUUUAUUGGCCCAAAAAAGCACAUAUAAAAUUUGAAAGUGGGUUGCUAUAAAUGAACCACUAGGAACAUUAAAAUGAGUACCUAUGCCAAUUGUCGCCUCAGUAAGCGAUAUUUUCAAUUCAAUAUGCGGAUAUUUUGUAGCUUGUAAAUAAAUGGGGUCGUGCAAAUAUAAUGAAAGGUAUCUUUUCAUUCUAGGGUUUUCGGAUAGGAAUAUUGGUAUUGACAAAGAUUUAUGUGCCUUGUGGUAAAAAAUUAAUAUUUAUUUUAAAGAUAUGCAAACACCAAAACGUCUAAAUUAAAAUUAUACAGCAUUGUAAAAUAAAGAAUAACGCUUAGCUUUUUGCUGCAAACAUAGCCGGUCCUAUAAGCAAAUACCUUUUAUUAACUCCUGUAUAUAAUGGAUAAACAACAAAAAUUAGUGCGAAACAAAUACCAGACGCGAUUGGUAGUGAGAGUAUCUGUUUUACUUAACUACAAAGAACAUUAUAAUUUUUAAUUUCGAGAUCUUAGGUAUAGUUAGUAAGUGCCUCGAAUAGUAACGUAUUACUCGCAAUGGCGCAGUUAUGUUAACUGUGUUUAUUGUAAAACGAUCUAUCAAUAACAUAUUGUCUGUUAAUAAUUUAAUGAAAAUUUGUUAUGCUUAUUUAUAACGUUACUAAUAUACAGAAAUACAUGAUUGAAAAUA